CUCUGGGAUGUUACAGUCCUGUCAAGGAGAUGAACUUUAAGGAGCUAAAUGAUCAGUCUGCAUAUGACAGAAUGAUGCGUGGUAGGAAGCACACAGGGGCUCUAGGGGUGUAACUGGGCUGAGGUAGGUCAGGAAAAUUGCUAUGAAGAAGAAGGAUAAAGGAUAAUUCCUGAAAGACAGAAGAACUUGUGUGUGUGUGUGUGUGUGUGUGUGUGUGUGCGCACAUGCAUAUGUAUAUGCUGUAGCAGAAAACAGUGAGGCAUGAAGCAACUGAGGUACAGAAUGGCUUGCACAAGGUCACACAGGUGGGAACUACAUGCUGCCUAAGCACUGGGUGAAAUAGGAGCCCUUGAUGUGGACAGCAGAACUUGGGCUCUGGGUGUGGUAUAGUCUUGGGGAAUGUUGGUCUUUAUCUACAGGGCACUGGGAAAACAUUGAAAAGUUUUGAAUAAUAUAUAUUAUAGAUGUUUGGGACAGAUGCAUACUUACAGAAUGUUAUCUUCAAUUGCAGUGUAUAAAAUCAGUUGAAUGGGAGAGAAGAGAUUGGAUACACUGGAGUUUUGUCCUUGCUACCUUACUAGUUGUUGACCAGAUUGAUACCCUGACCUCUGACCUGCAGCUGGAGGAUGAGAUGACUGACAGCUCCAAAACGGACACCUUGAACAGCAGCUCCAGCGGCACCACGGCCUCCAGUACAGAGAAGAUCAAAGUGCAGGCCAGCGCGCCCCUUAUCAAACCCCCCACACACCCGUCCGCCAUCCUCACAGUCCUGAGAAAGCCAAACCCUCCACCACCUCCGCCACGGCUGACACCUGUGAAGUGUGAAGACCCCCAGAGGGCUGUGCCCACUGCCAAUCCUGUGAAGACCAAUGGCACGCUUUUGCGAAACGGAAGCUUACCGGGUGGACCUAGCAAAAUCCCAAAUGGAGACAUCUGCUGCAUACCCAGUCUUAACUUGGACAAGACCCCACUGCAGCCUCUGAUGCAUAGACCCGAAAAAGACAGAUGUCCCCAGGCAGGGCCUCGGGAACGAGUGCGGUUUAAUGAGAAAGUACAAUACCAUGGCUACUGUCCUGACUGUGAUAACCGCUAUAACAUAAAAAACAGGGCGGUCCACUCGCACAGCGAGCCUGUCCAUCAGCCAGGAAAGACUCCUCACCAAGGGCCUCCUCUCCCACCUGCCCCCCACCUCCCUCCCUUCCCACUAGAAAACGGGGGCCUGGGAAUCAGCCACAGCAGCAGCUUCCCCCCUCUCAGACCUGCAACUGUGCCUCCUCCCACUGCGCCAAAACCACACAAGACCAUCCUGAGGAAGUCCACCACCACCACAGUGUGAUGUAUGCCAUUUUAAAAACUUCUUGGUUUCUUAAUUUCUAUAUCGUAAGCAUUAAAUAAUAAGUAAUGAGCACUUUCUACUCAAGCAAUAAAAAGCUCAAAUAUAUUAAUCCUGCAUUCAACAAAGUGGCAUAAAACCACCUGGUAAGUAUGCAGUGCAUUGCUUAUAUCCUGGGUUUACAUUAUUUUAAAUGUUAAAUAAUCAAAACUGCAGAAUAAUGAAAAAGUAUGAAUGCAUUGUUUUUGUACUUGCACUAGACAAAAUAUGACCUUUCAAAUAUCAAAUAUUUUGAUUUAUUAAAAUACUCAGAAUGAUUCAUUUUAUUCAUGCCUAACUCAUCUAUGCAUUAAUAACAUGUCAUACUCUUAACUUUGAUCUGAUGCUUUAUAAUAAGAAAUUUUUAAAAUGAAAGACUAUUUUAUUAUUUUUUUCUAAAGAUGUUUGUCACUAGUUUUGCAUUUGAAAAUGAUAUCAAAAAGUUUAUUUUCUAUACUAUACAAUUAUAUGUUCAGCUAUAUAUGUAAUAAAAUAUUUUGGUUUGUGGAAACAUCAUUAUGUCAAUAAAUCAUAGUAAAUAAUGCCAAGAGCAAAUGUUCCUCAGAAUUUAAAUGAAGGACCAGUUUAUUUAAUUGCAUCACACUAUUUAUUGAAAUGGGGAGCAACUCUGACCGUUUUGAGAAGAUCACUGUAAGUGUAUGUCAGAAUUUUCUGAAUUAUAUCUUACAAUCCAUGUCAUAAAUGCAUCUUUAUAUAUUUGCAUAUUAUAUACCACCACGAUGGUACUCCAAGAACUUUUGUUAAACUUCAGUAUGUUGUCUCACCCUUUCAAUUUUCCUGCCCUCACCAUUCAUCCAGGGCUCACUCUAGGGAAAAAAUUGCCUCCUGUGUCAGCAAACUCUCUGCCUCCCUCAGAGAACUCACAUUUAUAGGAGAAUUAAGAAGAUAUAGAUGUUUCUGGUAACAGAAUGUGUUCUGCGUAAGCCUUAACCUUGUUUUCUUCAGAAUUGAAAGAUGCUGUGGGUCUUUGAUGUUCCAUAGAAGAAAGAGUGGAACCUUCUCCUUCUGUCACCAAAUAGAAGUCUUCCUCUUCGUCCUCAUUUGCUAGCCAAGGAGACAUAUGUUCCCUUGGGUUAGUCAAGGGUUUGGACUCAUGAGAUGUUUUGCUCUGGGGCUAGAAAUGAAUUUAUUUUCCUACAGUGGUGGUGAGGAAAGGUCUCUGAAAAAAUUUGGACCACUAAGUGGUAAGAGUAAAGGGAAUCACCUCUGAUGAAAAUUUAUUCAUUAUGUAAAUUGGAGAAUGCAGAAACUUUCUUGAAAAUUUGAUUCUUGGUUUCAAAACUAAAUAUUUCUGCCACACAAAGGCAGUCUUCAGUUACUUCUCUGUUGAUUUGUCGAGGCAGUAUCAUGGUAAUAUGUAACAUAGUUUUUAAGCCAAUUUCUAUUAAUAUGAUAAUGUUUUUUGGGCACAACAUAGAAGUGAAAUAGAUUUUAUUUUUAAAGGCAUGAUCAAGUCAGUGAAAACAAUAAAUGAUUGACUUACUGAAUGCGAAAGCAAUAUGUUAACGUUUUACUACAUAAUCUUGAUAUAAGCAAACCCAGGUAUCCUCAUCUUUCUGUAAUUAAAUAAUUACUUCUCUUCAUGCCUCAGUAUUGGGACUGUUCAAGAUUACAAACAACUGCAGACAGAAUUUUCUUCCUUUUUCCUGUCUUCUUUCUUCAACCUGUUACUGUAACCUAAAAAUCACCAUACUUUUUGAGAUCUUGCCUCUUUCGUGUGCCUAGAAAUUAAACUGAGUCCCAAAGUAGAGCUUUCCUGAAAUCACAAGUCAACCACAGAGCAGAUAAUUUGCUUGAAAUAAACUGAGUUGAAUAAAUUGAAUCAUUCAAGAUGAUUGAAAAAGGACUUUGGGCCAGAUACCCAGAAAAACCUUCAAAGGUUCAAAUCCAUCUCUCCUCCUCAAAGUACAAAGUAUCACGAUAAAAGACUGUGCUUUCUGUUUGAUUGGUCGCUUAUGCCAAAGUGCACCUGUUUUUUUUUCAUUCAAUGUGCUUAUAAAUAACCAUUGAUCUGGAAAGCUGAGUUAAAUCUCAACCCAAAAAUGUUACAGUUAGUGACUUUAAUUUCCUAAUAUAGUUUAAUUAUUUAUAAUCAAUAAACAUUAGAUCAUAACAGUA